UCUCAGCUUCUGCAUUCAACUCCAAAUAAUACUUCAACUUCCAGCCUUAGCAGCAGCAGUCAGUCUACACUUGUAGAAUCAAAUAGUGAUCUCUCCAGCAGCAGUUCAAGGGAGCAUCAGACGUCUUUGAUAUACCCCAGGGUUCCCAAUAAUACUCCCAAUUCUGGUGAAGGAGAAGAUUUGGUGCACAAGCAGAAGGCCCUGGAUAUGCAGUGGAUACGCAUGGAGAAUUAUAUUCCGAUGGAUCCAAGGGAAUGUCAUAAUGAAAAAGAAAGAAAACGAAGACUGCGCAUCAAAAAUGCUUGCCAGUGCAUGAUGUCUCUUCUGCCUUGUGUAACGGAAAAGACGGAUAAUGCUACGAUAUUCGAGCACGCCGCUCAUUUUGUCGCAUUCAUGAGAGAAACAGUGGGAAACGAAAGCGAUAUGGAAUUCCUUAAUGAAAGCUGUAUGUACUGAGUUAAAUAAGAGUCGGUCCCAAACAACAAAACUGGAAGAAGGUUUGAUGAAAUAAAACAGAAUUUACUGCGAUUAUGUCAAGCGCAUCAUUCCCAGCAGAAAUUUCGCCCUGCAGAAUUUGCUGCAUUACUCCUUUUUUGAAAUAGUGAAGUAGAAGAGAUUUUAAUGUUUCAUCCAUCUUGAAAUAUACUUGAAAACUAUAAAGUUACACUUAAAGAUAUAUUCCAAAUUUUAAUCUCAUUCAUAUUUGUCAAAAUACGCUUUUAAAGUGACAAGUAAAAUAAAAACUACGUGUAAACUCUGAG